UUGGUUAUUACAUUGUAUUAUAUAAGUCAUUAACACAGAUAGCAGGAAUAAUGAUAAUUUAUCUAGAAUGGGUGGUAACACCUACCUCUAAUCAGGUUCCCUCACAAUUUAGUAUUUAUUUAAAAUUAGAUAAUAUUUGCACUUACCAACGCUUGUCACUUGUAGAUACAAGUACUAACAAUAGCUCAGCCAGCAGGUUGGUGGUUUAUUAGCCAUUUAAUUUUAAUUUGCACUGACAGAACGCCCGUUGGAGCGACUGCGCUUGCGCAAGGAAGGCUGCAACGUACUGAUGGGAAUUUCGGCUCUUUUCAGGGAGUCGGAUCAUUUGGCUCAGCUCACCGAUAAGAACCGACUCUUUCGACUCCCUAAUGAAUCUUUUUUUUCUGAAACAAGACACCAAUGAUUGUUCAUACUUCCCUACCCAGUGUAUAUACUGUUAAAUGAAAUCGCACUCUUCCUUCCUUCUAAUUAACAAAAUGACAUUAUUUUGCAUUAUUUUUUAUAUACUUUUAAACAGCAAUGCGUCAUGUAUGCUUUCACAAAUACACAUUCAUUUAUAUUAUUGUGCCUGUUGUAUUUGAAAAUUCGAUUAUAUUUAGCGAGGUAAUUAUUAAGAUAAUUUUAAAACCCCAGCUACUUUAAUGAAAGUUUAGCGCAAAUGUGUAGCAAAAGAAAGGAAAAAGACUCUCAUGCGGGAGUCGACUCUCACCAAAAAGAACCGACUCCUUUGCAAACGACACAUUGCUAGUAUCCAGACGAUACUGAACCACCUGAGGAGGCUGGAGCCUGUGUAACUUCUUCAACUCUACCUGCAGCACUUAAUAAUCUGAAGACUGUGGAAACGCUAAGGUUUUCUAGGAUGUAGGCUGAACGACGAAUUAUUUCAUAUGAAAUUCGAAGAAUGCUAAGAAAAGUAUAAAAUGACGAAUGUCAGCUGUUUCGAGCGGCGUUUCAGACGCACAGUGCCGACGCGGGGAGGAAGCAGCAACGACCUCGUCACAGCACCAGUUCACUCUAGAGUGAACGGAUGGUCCUCACCACUUCAUGUUCUCCAGCCAGUGGCGUGGCUCAUAUACUGCUUCAUGGGUAUUGUAGGCUUUGGAGUUUAUAUCCCACUCCUGCCUCCACCAUGGAACUACAUUUCAUACGGAGUAAUCGGUACAGCCUUUGUCCUGCACUUGUUGACUCAUCUGGCAGCGGUGACCAUGGAUCCAGCCGACUAUGCUGUGCGUGUGAAGAAGGAUUACUCCAGCCCUGUGCCUGUGUUCGACAGGAAGAAACAACCACAUGUCAUACACAAUCAGCACUGCAACCUGUGUGAUGUCGAUGUGGGAUCUAAAGUGAAACACUGCGGCAGCUGCAACAAGUGCAUUGCAGAUUUUGACCACCACUGCAAAUGGCUCAACAACUGUGUAGGAAGGAGGAACUACUGGCUAUUUUUUGUGACUGUCCUUUCGGCUGUUUGCGGAGUGUUCCUCCUCAUCCUGGUCAUCUCAUUCGUCUUCAUUGAACACUUUGUGAAUCCUGCAGUUCUUCGAACAGCAGCAGCUUUUCAAGCUGUUAAUGGAAGCAUGACAUGGUUAGUAUUCCUGCCUUUAGCACCAGUACAGACCACUUCUGCCAGUCUUCUCGUGUUGGCUGUCAUCACUGUCAUCAUCGCACUCGCCUCAUUCCUACUGCUGUGCCACUUACUGAUCUUCCACAUAUACCUGUUAUAUAAAGGCAUGACCACGUAUGAGUACAUAAUGAAGCAGCGGCAGAUGCAGAGCUCCAGGCAGCAGGAGGAAGGAACCACACAGCCAUCCUCCUCUAACGGAGAUGCAUCUCGGAACCCUGGACUUUUCAAGAUGUCUCUAGGGUGUAAUGCACCAUUGUCUGGCAAAUCAAGUAUCUUCAAGUACCAAGACAGAGGACAGUCAACUGUCUCAAGAACAAUCUGUUCUAAGACAAAACCUCAAUCAGCUGAUGGAGAGAACUGUCCAAACUAUGGCUCAGAAUCAGCACUACAAGUGAUACCAGGUGCAGCGCCAGUGGAUUGGAGAGUGAGUAUGAGACGGAUGGAGAGACCAUCGACUGAACAAAGUGAAGACCCCAUUGCUCAGAAUCCUCUCAGCACCUCCAUCGUAGACACCACUGAGGUUCAUCAGCAGCAUAUACACUGAGCAACAGCAGUGACACUGAACUGCUCAUAAGCUACUGCUGCAAGUAUAUCCAGCUAUUCUGUGGAAACACACUUAAGACACACAUACAGAAUGAACUGUUUCACCGACUGAGCCUCUGUAAUUUUGCACACAUCCUUUUUACAAGCACAGGACAUGAAAACUCUCCGUUUUUAUUUCGGAUUACUAUGCAUCUUUUCCUGCAUGUGUUCAUUCAUCUUCAGUAAGUGCUUUAUCCUGGUCAGUAUCAUGGUGGAUCUGGAGCCUAUGCCAGGAACACUGGGCAUGAGGUGGGGAUACCAGUCCAUCACAGGGCACUAUGCACACACAUUCACAACUAGCAGCAAUUUAGCAUGUUCUGUCCACCUACUGGCAUUUUUUGGGAGGUGAGAGGAAACAAGUGAACCAGAGGAAACCCACACAAACACAAGGAGAACAUGUGAAACAACACACAGACAGUAUCCCAAACACUGGCUUGAACCAGGGACCCUGGAGCUGCAAGGUGUCAAUGCUACCCGCUGUUCCACCAUGCUGAACAGAUGACUAGACAUGUGUUCACUAUAUUUUUGCACAUUAAUGUUUGUACCUAUGUUUGAUAAUAAAUGUUAAAACGUA